UGGAAGCAGCUGAAAAACAUGCUCAGCAGUGACUUGUUUGGUCAGUCGGAGGAAUAGAUGUGAAACUACUGCAGUCUCUCUCUCUGCUUCCCUCUUUUAUCUCGGCUGUGAACGAAUUGUUUACUUUCGAACGUGUGUGUGCAGUUCGAGUCAUGAGUCUGAAGUCCAGUCUUUCAGCAGCACCGCAGGUUGGGGUCAUCACUCGGCGGACCUACGGCGUGUGAAGUCACUUCAAGACUCAAAAUGUUGCACUGGACUGAAAUGAAGAAAGAUCUUUCAUGGCCGCCUGGUUGUCAGCAGUCUGUUCGUGUGACAGGAGCUCAAGAGGCAGUAUUCACCCAGCCAGUGGUCACACAGGAUGCCGGCAGACGACGUGAUCAAGGCUCAUGAGAAGGCUUUGAAGGAAGGUACGGAGCGUGCCCGUGGUCUGGCUCAAACCCUGCUCAACGUGCCAUACGGGGAGGGAGAUGGAGAGAAAUUGGAUGUCUACAUACCCAGCACCAACUCUUUGGAUGUCCAACUUGUUAUUUACAUACAUGGAGGCUUCUGGCAGUUUCUCAGCAAGGAGGAGUCUGGAUUCAUGGCUGUCCCAUUGGUUGAUAAGGGCGUAGUGGUGGUGGCCGUUGACUAUGACAUUGCCCCCAAAGGUAACAUGGAUCUAAUGGUGUCCCAAGUGCGCAGGAGUGUUGUGUCUGUUGUUCAGCAGUAUUCUCACAUCAGUGGUCUGUACCUGUGUGGCCACUCUGCUGGAGCUCACCUGGCUGCGAUGGUCCUCUCCACAGACUGGUCGCAGUACAGCAUCACUCCUCAGUUUAAAGGUGCUUUCCUUGUCAGUGGUAUAUAUGACAUCCUGCCCAUCCUGUCCACUUACGUCAACGAGCCUUUGAAGAUGACAGAGGAGGUGGCGCUGAGGAACAGCCCCAGCAAGCUGGUCCCUCAGCUCAAGCUCUCUUCCUCCAGCUGUCACAUCGUUGUGGCCAUCGCUGAGCACGACUCGCCAGAGUUCCGCAAGCAGUCAGAAGAAUACUACAAAACUUUGGAGGCAUCAGGACUUAAUGUGACCAUGGAGGAUGUGGCGAACACUGACCACUUUAAUAUCAUUGAGCAACUGGUAGAUGGAGAAUAUCACCUAACGAAGCUUCUCUUGAAGAUGAUGGGAAAGAGUUGAGAUCUUUGAUCCACCAUCUAAUAUCAGCGUACCUCUGCAUCAACUUACACCACUGAACAGAGUCAUUAUGCACCGAUAAUGAUAAAAUAUGCAUUAUGUCAGGUUUGUACAAUGAGAAAUGUAGAAGUUCUGUUCAUUUUCAUUAAGCAGAAGUGAAGUGGCAUGGCUCAUUUUGGUCAUCUAAUAUACUGUUUCAUUAGUUACAUCCAUGUUCAUUGCAGACAUUGCUGUCAGAAAAUGUCCUGAUUGAGCUUCAUAUUUUCAGACCACAUUUUCAUGUUAUGAAAACAUUGUGUGCCUAAAACCAACUCACUUCAAAGAUGGUAGUUGUUGCAAAUUAUACUGCAGUUAAAUCUGCUUAUAAUCAGUUGUAAACAGACUAUUUAGCAGGCAUAGUGCACAAUGUCAGGCAAUGCUAAAUACUAUAGAGUUGAUUGUUAGUUCUGGCAUGUUUCCAGUGUUUUGUAAAAGGGUGGUUCUGUCUGUUUUGUGCUUUGUUUCUCAUGACAAUCUACAGCACAACGCCUAUGGGUAGGAUAAGAAUCAUAUCCACAGUACUGACAAAUCAUAAGUGAAUGUAGCUUUUUAUUUUAACUACUACCACUGCCACAACAGUAUCUCUCCAGGCGAGCUAGUAUGUGUUGUCCACACUUGAUAAAUGUUGCUAAUGAAAACUAUAUAUUUGCACUUCCUAUUCUAAUAUAGUACAAAAGUACUUAUAUUCACAUGCAUAUAUUUUUAAAUAAUGAAUGGGACUGAAUUUAGCUGAUGUACAUGUUAGUUUUUGCUCUUAGUCUAGCAUCGAAAAUAAUUGUACACAUUAUUGUUUACAUGGUGUUUUGUUAAUCAUGACUCUAGAUUAUAAAGAGAAUAAUCACAAUAAAUAUUUGGGAUUUUCUGGGA